AUGGCGGUGCAAGGUCGCAGGAGCACUCGGCACGAGUGGUUGCCAGCGGGCCCAGAGAAGUUCGCAGUGCCCGUUCCCAGAGACGCCCACGACCCCGUCCGGCGCGUGCUCGACCCGCUGGAGCUCCACCACAGGCAGCAGAUGACGAGGCACUGGGUUCACGGCCCCGACCUCGAGCGCGCCGCCUCGGAGGAACCGAAGGGGUGGCGGCGCGUGCUGCAGGAGAAGCGGCAGCGUCGCGCCAGCGAGGACGAAGAGCUCUACGGCGACAUCUUCGAGCACGUCCCGCCGGGCUCGAGGCCGUUCCAGCGCCAGCUGCAGGACGCGAGGCAACGUUCCAGGCGGCUCCACAGCGACCAGGCGGACCUCGAGGGGCCCGGGAAGUUCCACGACGUCCGGAGCGCGACCAGCUACACGCGGCAGCUGGUCAUGGACGACCCCUUGUGCGGCUUCCGGAGCGGAGACACGGCGGCCUUGAAGCCAGGAGGAGGUCCAGCCUCGGGGGGGUGCCACCAGGACGAGCACGACAGGCGCUCAGACCUCGAUUUCUGCUUCGUCACCGGCGGGGCCUGGCAGCGCGGGCUCGUCGAGGUCGUCUUCUACAGCGACCGCCAGCUGUCGGUGGUCAAGGCGGAGCGCCUCGCCCGGAUCAGCAAGGCGGAGGUGACGGCGCGCAAGCGCCUCUUCAAGGCGGCCCACUCGGGAUUCGGCACCCGCUCGGACACCGCCCUGGGCAUGCCCGGCCUGCGGGCGGGGGACGUCGCCGGCCACGCUCGGGAGCGGUCCCUGUCCCUCCCGGGCAUCUCCGCGGGCCCCCGGCGCUGUUGA